ACCAAUUUAAACAUAACUAAAUAUCAAUUGUAGUAUUAUGGCUUCAACAAAUAACCAGUUAGAAGCAACUGAACUUUUUGAAGGCCAAUCUCUCUUAUACAUGCACAUGUUUGGUUUUCUAAAAUCCAUGGCUCUUAAAUGGGCUAUUCAACUAAACAUUCCAGACAUAAUCUACAACCAUGGAAAACCUAUUACUCUCUCUGACUUAGUUUCAACUCUACAAGUUCCAAUAUCUAAACAAAGUCUUGUGGAAAGACUCAUGCGUUUUCUAGCACACAAUGGAAUAUUUGUAAUCCAUGAGAAAGGUGAAAAUGAUGAUGAUGAUGAUCAAGCAUAUGCUUUGACUCCUGCAUCAAAACUCCUUUCAAAAUCAUGUUGCAAAGACCAUUGUUUAACACCAAUGGUUCUUAUGUCUACUGAUCCAAUUUUGAUGGGUAAAUUUCAUCAAUUGGGUGAUUGGAUUUGUGGAGAAAUUCCAACUUUAUAUGAGGCAGCUUUAGGAUCAACUGUGUGGGAAUUUCUUGAGGGAAAACCUGAAUAUUUGAGUCUGUUUAAUCAGGCUAUGGCUAGUGAUUCUCAAAUGGUGAAUUUGGCUUUGAAAAAUUGUAGUAAGGUGUUUGAAGGGAUUGAUUCUAUUGUGGAUGUUGGUGGUGGAACUGGAACCACAGCUAGAAUUAUAUGUGAGGCUUUUCCUAAGUUGAAAUGUGUUGUUUAUGAUCUUCCACAGGUUGUAGCAAACUUGUCAUCAGCAUGUGAUAAUUUAAGUUACGUUGGUGGAGACAUGUUCAAAUCUAUCCCUCAAGCUGAUGCAAUUAUGCUAAAGUGGAUUUUACAUGACUGGACUGAUGAAAUAUGCAUAAAGAUUCUAAAAACUUGUAAAGAGUCUGUUUCAAGCAACGGCAAAAAAGGAAAAGUGAUUAUUAUGGAUAUAAUAAUAAAUGAAGAGGAUGAUGAGAAAGAUAUGACUGAAACAAAGUUAUGUUUGGAUUUAAUCAUGAUGGGGAUUAAUGGAAAAGAGAGAACUGGAAAAGAAUGGAAGCACCUCUUCGUUGAAGCAGGGUUCAAAGACUAUAAAAUAUUUCCAUUAUUUGGCUUUAGAUCUCUUAUUGAAGCUUAUCCUUAAUUAGGCAUAUUGAUACGGUCGUAUGGAUUUGGUAGUUUUUACAUGUUAUGAAUUGAAUAAUGUUUUUUGCCAUUUGGUAACACUUUUAUGUUUUUUACAUGAUACUUAUAGCGACAAUCUUUUUCACGAAGGAUCACGAACAGUUAUUUUUGUAACAUAACACAAGUGCCAUCAUGUAUUUCGUGAAUUCUGAAAUUAGAAUAAAUCAAACUGUCAUGUCAUGGCA